CGUCAGCUCAACAGCAAAAGACAACAGACGGACCCCAAAAACCCAUUGCCUGAGACCUCAUGCGACUGAAUUCUAGCAUAUGUGGAUAUAUAUAGACUCCUUGUGAAAGUAGCUGCCAUAGGAAGUUAGGAGCUCACCCAAGUUCGUGCAUUAUAUUCCCAGAAUCUGCCCUGCUCGAUUACAUAUAAAAAAAACCAUGCAUGUCCAGGAGUCCCAACAGAUGACCGCUGUAGGCCUGUAGAAAUGGGCAACAGAGCAGCUUUCGUUGUUGCAUUUCUCCUGAGGGCUAUAUAUGGAGGCAUGCAGAUAGUAACCAAGGCUGCUUUCGAUGAAGGCAUGAGCACGUCGGUCUUUGUUUUCUACAGGCAUCUAACUGGUAUUCUCUUCUUGGUGCCCAUUGCUUUUGUGCUUGAAAGGAAAACUGCUCCGCCGCUGUCAUUCAAAGUCUCUCUGAAAUUGUUUUUUCAUGCACUAUACGGGAUUGCUGGAGCAAUCAACAUAUAUGGCCUUGGUCUCAGUUAUUCUUCAGCAACAUCAUCAUCUGCAAUAUUUAACCUCUUGCCAGCUGUGGCUUUCUUUCUGGCUGUUCUUUUGCGGAUGGAGACUUUGAACUUGAAGAGAUUCCAUGGGAUUGCAAAAGCUUCAGGCGUAUUGUUUAGCAUUGCUGGUGUAAUUGUACUUGCAUUUUACCAAGGACCUGCAUUCAGAUCGUUCAUCCACCAUAACCCUUUUCAUCACACAAGUAACUCCCAUGCUGGGGUUACUGCUCAUCCUAAAAGGGUUUGGAUAUUUGGAAUUUUCUUGACGACUUUAUCAACUACAUCAUGGGCUCUUUGGACAGUUCUUCAGGGGCCUAUGCUGGAAGCAUAUCCAUCUAAGCUGCUCAACACAACCCUCCAGAUGAUUUUUGCAACAAUUCAGUGUUUCUUCAUCGCCCUAGCGGCCGAGAGGGAUUUUUCAAAAUGGAAGCUAGCGCUGGACAUACGUCUUUUUGCUGUAUUGUACUCUGGAAUAUUUGUUUCAGGAGUUGCGUAUUAUAUGCAAGUAUGGGUCAUUGAAAAGAGCGGGCCUGUUUUCUUGGCCAUGACAAUGCCAAUAACCUUGCUUGUCACAAUUAUUCUGUCUUUGUUUCUCGGAGAAGCAGUUACCCUGGGAAGUAUCUUAGGUGGAAUAAUCAUGGUUGGUGGUCUGUAUAGUGUCCUUUGGGCCAAGAGGUCUGAGCAAGUGCAAGUAGAUGCCAACAAGCAACAAAUGGCGCCUGCUCCAGCAGAGGCAACACAAGUUUAAUUUGAGGCUGGUUUGUAUUUUGUAGUUUCUGGAAUUGAGAGAAACUGUAAAGUUAUGUAGUCUUCUUCCAACAUAUGCCGUUUCUUCUAUGUUUUUAUUCACCUAUCUUAAGGCAAGAGGCUUUUGUGAUUUGUGGUGCAAUUGGAUCAAACAAGUAGUCUCAGGGGGCAUUGUUAGUGUUAAAUUAAACAACAUAACAGGCCCUUAAAUCAAA